GGUCCGACAUGCUGCAUUCCAGCCCCUUGCCUUCCGUGCCAGGCUCCACGUUCUACUAAGUGGGCUUCCAUUUUUUUUUGUGCUUGGAGGGCAGGCUUCCUCGUUAGGUGUUCGCGAUCCCUUCUCUCACCGCUGACCCCCUCCGCUCCCCCUGCCCCCCAACAUCUUUCCGGACUUAUGGAGGAGUUUGCCGAGUGCGAUCAUGCCUAGGAAAGGAAAUGGGCAGCUGCCUUUACCGGAUGGCUGGGAAGAAGCGAGAGAUUACGACGGGAAGGUUUUUUAUAUCGAUCACAACACCAGGCAGACCAGCUGGAUCGAUCCAAGGGACAGGCUAACAAAACCCCUGUCGUUUGCGGAUUGUGUUGGGAAUGAGCUGCCAUGGGGAUGGGAGACUGGCUAUGAUCCUCAGAUCGGAGUUUACUUUAUUAACCAUAUCAAUCAAACCACACAGAUAGAGGAUCCACGGAAACUAUGGCGGAACGAACAGGAGCGAAUGCUGAAGGAUUAUCUCACAGUGGCACAAGAUGCGCUAAGCACACAGAAAGAGCUUUACCAUGUGAAAGAACAGAGGUUGGCGCUGGCCUUAGAUGAAUAUGUGCGCCUCAACGAUGCCUACAAAGAAAAAUCCACUUCCCGCACAAGUUUAUUUUCAGGUUCAUCCUCUAGCACUAAAUAUGAUCCUGAUAUCCUUAAAGCAGAGAUAUCGACCACGAAAGUAAGGGUUAAAAAACUGAAGAGGGAGCUGUCACAGAUGAAGCAAGAGCUACUUUACAAGGAGCAAGGGUUUGAGACGUUGCAGCGUAUUGACCAAAAAAUGUCAGGGGGACAGAGUGGUUAUGAGCUCAAAGAAGCAAAGGACAUUCUUUCCGAGCUGAAAAGCAUCAGAAAGGCCAUCAGUAGCGGUGAGAAGGAGAAGCAGGACCUAAUGCAGAGCCUUGCCAAACUUAAAGAGCGAUUUCAUCCGGAUGAAGACAGAGGAAGAUCUGAACCCGACCUGAGGUCCGACCUCACAAAUUCCCAUCUGUCUCUAUCCAGGCAGACUCUUGAUGCUGGAUCCCAAACUGAUAUCUCCGGUGAUAUCGGAAUGAGGAAUAGAUCGAAUCUUGCAGAAAAGGUCAGACUCAGCCUGCAAUAUGAAGAGGCUAAAAGAAGCAUGGCCAAUCUUAAGAUCGAACUGGCGAAGCUAGAUAGCGAGGCUUGGCCAGGGGCGUUGGAUAUCGAAAAAGAAAAGCUGAUGUUGAUCAAUGAGAAGGAGGAACUCCUGAAGGAACUUCAGUUCGUGACUACACGGAAACGCACUAGAGAUGAUAUGGAGAGACUGGAAGCAGAGAGAAGACGUCUGGAGGAAGAUCUCCUGUCUGUGAAAAGUACUCCCAGCCAAGCACUUGCUGAAAGGUUGAAGGUUCAAGAAAAGAAGAAAGAGCUGGUAAAGAAACUAGAAGAAGCAACAAAAUUAGCCACCUAUUUGCAUUCCCAGCUUAAAAGUCUCUCUGCCAGCACUCUGUCGGUGUCUUCAGGAAGCAGCCUGGGCUCCUUAGCCUCGAGUCGUGGGUCAUUAAACACCUCUAGCCGUGGAUCUCUCAAUUCUCUCAGCUCCACCGACCUCUACUACAGCCAAGGCGAUCAUGGAGGAGACCUGGACUAUCAGUAUAAACUGGACUUCCUAUUGCAAGAGAAGAGUGGUUACAUUCCUUCUGGACCUAUUACUACCAUCCAUGAAAAUGAAGUGGUCCAUUGCCACAGCGGGACAGAUUAUAACAAUUCCCGUAAUGCACAGCAAGACUUAGAAGAGGCCAAACAACCUAAAUCCGUGACCUCGCUUUCCUCCUUAUCCUCUCUUUCAUCGUUGUCCCCGCCAGGUUCGCCUCCAGGAGCUUUCUCAUUGUCUACUCAGGACUCACUCGGCACAGAUUUUGAGAGCGGCGAGGUUUCAGGGGCAUUUGCAGACCUGAUCCUCUGUGAAACUGUGUCGGACCCAGUCGCUGGAGGAACUCCUGCAUUGUCUGAUAGCAAAAGUAUGGUGGAAUGUAUAAGAAACCAAGCAUCAACUGCACUGCAUGAAGGAAGAACAGAUCUUGAUUUUCUGAGAAAAGUUGAAAGCGGAGAGGAGAAGGUGACGACGUGCAAUGUGUCCGCAGCCGUGUCUGAUGAGUCCGUGGCAGGAGACAGUGGAGUAUAUGAACCGUGUAUGCAAGCGCCGUGUGAAGAUGCUGCCUUUACAGAAGGUUAUACGGAUUUAGGGACUGUUCAAGUCCAGUUAAUACUGAGAUAUGAUCCAGGAAAAUCAAGCUUUGUGAUAAUAAUUGUCCGGGCGCAAAACAAUCACCCCUGUAUCCCGUAUGGAUCGAGAAUAUAUAUUAGAGUUGCUGUCCUUCCAUCUUCGAGUGACACCAGCUGCCUCUUCCGGACCAAAAUGUACCCAGCUACUGAAAUAGUGUUACUCAAUGAGCUGUUCCGAGUGUCCAUUUCGCAGGCCAUUUUACAGCAGAAGACUUUGAGAGUGGAUAUGUGCACUGUGGGAAAGACGCACAAGGAAGAAUGCCUGGCUGGGACUCAGAUCAGUUUGGCGGACUUGCCGUUUGCUAACGAGAUGCACGCGCAGUGGUAUACCUUGCUACCUUGCAGACCAAUACUUUUUCACAAGGAACCCACAGACAAGCCAGCGUUGGAUGCAAGCGUGGUCCGGAGCACAGCUUUGGACUUGGACGCUGUUUCAGCUUUGCUGGAGAGGACAUCUGCUGAGUUGGAAGCGGUGGAGCAAGAACUGGCCCAGGAAGAAGAAGAGGAAGAUGACGAGGAUGACCAGGAGCAGAAUUGUUCUCAGGAGCAAUGGUCCGAAGUGCUUCCCGAGGGAUCUUUUGGAAAUCUUGCUGAGCCCCAAUCAAAGGAACUUAUGGACAUGUGUUAUCAGGAGCCACUGCAAGCAUCAAGUGAUAUUACAGAAGCACCCCAAGAAAUCUAUGAAGAAGCAGAAAACUGCGAUUCCACCUCGUGUCCCAUUUCUGCGGUGGAGUCACCGACCCUGGUCGACAAAGAGACAAACACCGAGCAAGCACUUCAUGAAGAUAUUUCUGUCCGUCCCAAGGACAGGAAUAACCUUGGCUCCAGGCAGCGUCCAUUUGUGCGAAACAGCAUGAUCGUCCGGUCACAGACCUUCUCUCCAGGAGAGAAGAACCAAUAUAUAUGUAGGUUGAGCCGAAGUGACAGUGACAGCUCAACCCUAGCCAAAAAAUCUCCAUUCGUAAGGAAUGCUUCAGAGAGACGCAGCCUGAGAGUGAAGAGGCCCGUCUGUCAGACGAUGACAAGAAGAGCUAUGCAUGAAUGUCGUGAACGGACAUCUCUUGAUUUGGAGCUGGAUCUCCAAGCGUCACGCACAAGGCAAAGGCGCCUCAAUGAUGAGCUCCAGUCCUUGAGAGACCUAAAGCAGAAACUAGAAGAGAUGAAAGUCAGAAGAGAGACCGCUUUGCCACUGUGUAUUCUAGAAGAUGAUCGGUUCCAAAAGCUUUUAAAACAGGCCGAAAAGCAGGCUGAGCAAUCAAAAGAAGAACAAAAGCAAGGUUUGAACGCUGAAAAAUUAAUGAGAAAAGCCUCAAAGGAUGUAUGCAGACUACGGGAGCAGAGCCAGAAUGUUCCCCUUCAAGUGCAGUCUUUUAGGGAGAAGAUUGCGUACUUUACCAGAGCAAAAAUCAGCAUACCAUCCCUUUCUGCUGACGAUGUAUAGUUGUAUUUGUUUUUAUAGCUGAUUUUUUUUUCCCCAAUCGUCUCAUCUUUUUAGUUUUUUUUAGUAUAGGCAUCUGCUUUUAUCAGAUAAAAAUAUAUUUUUUUUUACAGUAGCCGGUUAUUUGUAAAAAUAUGUCUUGUUCUAAAUUAAUAUAACUAGGAAAACCGGGAGAAGAAGAGGAAGAGAAAAAAAAAAAAGAAGCCAAAGUAGACUAACUUGGUACAAUGAUGGAGAGUUUGUACAGUUUGUAUGUGUUAUAUACGCAUCAUCUUAAUAUUUUUGUAAAGUUGGAUCAAAGAAGUAAGAAGCUGUGUCUGCACAAAUGUUUAUUCUUCUUUCUUAUGUCUAGUAGGACUGUUAUGUGUUCAGACAUCUUACACUCUAUGGACUGGGUUUGUUUUUUUCAUGUAAGCUGUGAAUAUGGCUUGACAUGCCACGCUGUUGACUUUUUUGCACCAGAGACUGACUUUUUAAUGUCAAAGUCAUUUUCCAAAACUACAAGGCUGCCUCAUGAUCCAGGUGCUUGGAAGUCCCUCCUUGGUGCCUUUAGAUAUCCUUGUCAUUAACCAUGAACACAUAUAUAAUUAUGAAGAUUUGUAAAUUAGAACCAUUUUACACCCUACUGUGAACCGCCUGGUGGAUCUCAUGACAACGGAGUAUAAAGUUACCUUGAAAUGUUGAAAA